AUGAUUGAAAAGAUCAUACUUUCCUUCAUCUUGAGCCUGGCAGAGAAGAUUACUAGAUUUUUUUGGUAUUAUAAUAAAUCUGUGUCACAAACCGAAGAAGAAGCUUCAAUUCGAAAACUAACAAAAGGACCAACACUGUGUGAAGAGUGCAAAUCGAACCCGUGGAAAUAUACGUGUCCCGGUUGCUCCUUACACUCGUGCAGUCUUCCUUGCGUGAAAUCUCACAAAGAGCGAACUGGGUGCAGUGGAAAGAGGGACCAGACACAGUUUGUUCCUAUUUCGAUGUUUGAUGACAAUGUCCUCUUAUCAGAUUAUAAUUUGCUGGAGGAGGUGAAGAGGGUGGCUGAAUCUGCUCACCGAAUGAGAACUAAAUUAGGCAUUCAUUCGUAUUUUAAGUUACCUCGUCAACUUAGAAGCCUAAAGAGUGCUGCUGGAAGCAGGAGAACCAAACUGAUGUUUCUGCCAAAUGGAAUGUCGAAAAGAGAGAAAAACCAGUCAAGAUAUGAUCAAAGGAAGAAGUUUAUAUCUUGGACAAUUGAAUGGCGUUUUCACUCAACAGAUAUUGUCUUACAUGACCAUGGAGUUGAUGAAAAUACAAGCUUUUACUCCAUUCUAGAGAAGCACCUCAAACCUGGUCCUUGGAAUAAUCAGCUAAGGCCAUUUUGUGAAGUCCAGCAGGAUUCUCUAAAGCUUUUCAUUCGUAAAUACCCGAAGGGUCCCAAAUCACCUUUCAAAGAGUUAGAUAUAAAACUACCAAUCAGAAAGCAGUUAGCAAAUAUAGUCAUUUUGGAGUUUCCUGUUGUUUUUGUUUUCUUGCCGUCUCACAGAAUCAAUUUUGAAGUUAUUAAGGAUGUCAAUACUAGCAAGGAUAAAUCACCACAGAAAGAUAGUGAAGAAAACCAAAUCCCGCAAGGGUUAUCAUUUAAGGAGGAGGUGAUAGAAGAUGACAACAACUCUGUAGAUCCUCCGGUUUUUGAUAUCAUGAAGCAAGUGGAAUCAAGUUUAUCACAUGAAGUGAUGGCCCAAAAUAUGAGUUCUGAGAUAGCACCAAAUGAUUACUCUGAUAAGUCUGUGUUUGAAGGGGACACAGUGGGUAAUCUUUCACAUUCUUUGACGGAAACCAAGAAAUUAAAGUUAUAUGAAGAUAUGGAAUUUGACUUUGAUCAAGAUUUGAUGGAUUUCUAUACGGACAUUUUGGAUCAAACAAAUCCUGAUGAUCUUUUUGAUUUUGAUAGUGAAUUUGCCAAGAAAACACAAAAUAAAAUAGAUUUGAUUGGUGCUAGUGAAUUAUUCCCAUUGCCAGAUGAAUUGGAGGAAGGGGAAAUCCAAGAAUAA